UCAACAGAACUAGUACUUAGUUCUACAUAAGAUAAUAAUUAAUAAUAAUAGCUGUACUCUUUCCUUCUGUGUCGAGGUGAGAAAAAACUUGGCCAUGAGCGCUGGGUUGUACGCUGAACAAUUGGUUUCAAUGUCGGUUCAUUUCCAUGGUUUUAAUCCACGAGUUCACUUUGCCAAAUUCAAACCAGCCAACUGGCUGAUAAGGCACUAAUCCCAUCAAAGCUGCUGGAUAUUCUAAGCUAUAAUUAUUGACUAGGCCUCAUUCGGCGCAGAGCAUAUCCAAUCACAGAGAAAGGAUGUCCUUCUUACAGUUCUUUUUGCUGAUAAUGUUUUUUUCUAUUGACGCUCGCCACAAUGCUAAUGCUGUCAAGCAUCCUUCUUUCCACAUAGAAGAAGCAACCAUUCCACAAAUUCAAUCAGAAUUCAAGGCAGGCAGGCUUAACUCCACAAGCCUUGUACAAUUCUAUCUCCAUCACAUUCGAAAACUUAAUCCCCAACUCCAUGCUGUUAUUGAAGUGAAUCCUGAUGCUCUACUGCUGGCUAAGAAAGCAGAUGCAGAGAGGCUAAGAGCAGGAGGAGUUCUCCUUGGUGGUCUCCAUGGAAUCCCUGUACUAGUCAAGGACAACAUUGCUUCCAAGGACAAGCUCAAUACCACUGCAGGCUCCUUUGCUCUUUUGGGCUCGAAGGUCCCAAGAGAUGCAGGUGUUAUAUCGAAGCUCAGGAAGGCAGGUGCUAUAAUAUUGGGCAAGGCCAGCUUGAGUGAAUGGGCGAAUUUCAGGUCUUCCAAUGCAUCCAAUGGAUGGAGCGGUAGAGGAGGUCAACCUAAGAAUCCAUAUGUGUUUACAGCUGACCCGUGUGGAUCAAGCACUGGAUCAGCAGUGGGAGUGUCAGCAAACAUGGUAGCAGUGUCAUUAGGGACAGAAACAGAUGGCUCAAUUCUUUGCCCAUCUAGUAACAACGGUGUUGUGGGAAUAAAGCCUACAGUUGGGCUUACAAGCCGGGCCGGAGUCAUUCCCAUUUCUCACACACAAGAUACUGUGGGACCAAUUUGCAGAACUGUAACAGAUGCCGUUUAUUUGUUAGAUGAGAUUGUUGGGUAUGAUGUUAAUGAUCACAAAGCUACAAGGAGUGCAGCUCAGUUUAUUCCAAAAGGUGGGUAUAAGCAAUUCCUCAAGACAGAAGGGCUGCAGGGAAAAAGGCUGGGUAUAGUUCGAGACACAAGUUUGCCACCUACAUCCGCUGAGGCAAUAUCCUUUGAGAAUCAUCUAGCAAUUUUGAGGGAGAAAGGGGCAACUUUAGUGGAAAACGACAAUAUUAGUAAUUUUUUGAGUUUAAGCAGCAAUGGUGAACCUGAGCAUAUUGUGCUAGAAUACGAGUUCAAACAUGAUCUGAAUAUCUACCUUUCAGAGCUCCUGCAGUCUCCUGUUCGCUCAUUAGCUGACAUCAUCUCCUUCAACAAACAACAUGCUACGGAGGAGAAACUUUCUGAGUAUGGGCAAGAGCAAUUCCUCCAGUCUCAGAACACAACUGGUUUGAAAGCACAGCCAUAUAUAAAAGCUCUGAAGAGAAAUCGCAUGUUAACAAAAACAGGAAUUGAUAAGGUAUUAAAAAGCUAUAAACUAGACGCCCUGGUGUCGAGUCUUCAGAGUACAAGUGUUCUAGCCAUUGCAGGGUAUCCUGGUAUCAGUGUGCCUGCAGGUUACGAUUCAAAUGGAGUUCCCUUUGGCAUUAUUUUUGGAGGAGGACGAGGCUCAGAGAGCACUCUCAUUGAGAUUGCCUAUGCUUUUGAACAAGCUACUAAAGUGAGGAAGGUUCCUCCAUUGAGCAGAUAGAGAAAUCUAUGAGUUCUUUUUUCUCAAUAAAAUAUAGCAAAAUUCCGUAAAACAACACAGAUGUCCAAGCUUCUCUGGCCUCGUCAUUAUUUCUAAUGUCUUCAGCAACGGGAAUUUCUAUUUUGUUCAGGUUAGCAGCUUAAAAUCCGGUAUAUAAAUUGGCACCGUGUAACUAGGUACCAUAAGUUUUAAAUUUUGACACAAGUUGUACUAGAUUUUGCCGCCUUGUAUAAGUUGCACGGAUAUGUAUCCAGUUGGACUUAUUUAUUUUUGAGGACAUGAUUACAGGCAUUAUGAAUAAAUUGAAAGAAGAUAGACUUUUUCAA